AUUAACCACAACUGUCACUUGAGCCUGAGAUGCACGCUGCCAGCACGUUUCCUUGAGCCACACUACAGCUCUGUCCACACUGUUUUUCUAUUUCAAUCAUCCUUAUUUUUUCAUUUCUCUGUUCCGUUUAACAAUAUACUUUCCAGUCAACGACACACACCCUUGGCUAUCUACUACAUCACAAUCUGUAUCAAUUUCCGUUUAAUAACCGUAUUUCAUGUCCACGAUCCACUCCAGCUCGGAAACGACAACCAAUUCGCCAACUCCCAUCAGUCCUUUCUCAACCUAUUCAGUUGCUAGUGACGCAACCUCAGAUGAAUCACCCGACCUUGGGGCUUUCACCACCGUCUUUAGGGCCCUCAACCACCUUCAACCACUCGUGCCUCCUCGAGGGGGUGCCCACAUUCACACCCAACUUGAUACACCCAAUUCUACCGACACCGGUCCGCUCUCUUCACUUCCGACGGACUCAGAAUUCAUAGAAGGCUCUACGGUAUGGAACCAGAGCAUGCUAGCGUCUUAUCUCGCAUCCUCAAGCUCCUCACACACACGCUCGACUCUCACCAGCAUAACCGCGAGCCCGCGCCUUCCGAAUCCUGACAACAACUUGGAUGACUCCGGAGAGGAGACGGAGGGCGAACUUGAACCUCAUAUAUUCACAUUCACGGCACCUAGUCGAUCACAGUCUCAUAACUCGGAUGCGGAUCUGAGCCACGAUCAUUCACUUUCAGAUGGCGAUAUUGAUUUAGGAGACCAACCCAAUCUUGGUGACCUCGGUGGCGCGUUUUCUUUCCUUGCGGCGGAGCGUGCUAGGCUUGCUGCCCGUGAUCGUGGUACAGGCAAAGAUAGCUCUACGAGCGAUGGCCCGUGGAGAAACGAGGCAGAACCUCGUCGUACACGAAAGCGAAGAAGAAAGCGUGCGAAAGUAAUUCACAUCAUACAGCGAGAUCGAGAAAAUGUAGAACAGGAGAGCACGAGUCACACCACAGGAACUAGCACAGUACUUGGCGUAUCUGGCACAGCUGAGAUCAUCGCUGUCUCCUCCAACCCAGAGCCCGAACCCGAAACGGAAGAAUCCUCGUCUUCUGGAGAAAAUGCUGCUGUCACUAUUCCUUCCACGCCUGCACACAAGCCAUCAUUAGAUAGGCUACGCCACAGUCGUUCUACCCCAUCAUUGCAUCUAUCACAGAUACCCACAAAUCCUCAAAUCCUUAAGUUACGAUGCCUUGCCCAUAAGCUACGACUCAAGUUCCCGGAGGACUACGACCGCAUCACGGCGUUACUCACGCAGGACUUUAGCGGCGCCGAUUCCGACUUCUCUGACCCCAGGGGUCCAGCACCGAGACCUAGAGAUUCUUUGAUUCAUGUUUUUAUCGACCACUCGAAUAUCCUCAUUGGCUUCUUAACCUAUGCUCGCCGUCACGCCUCACUCUCGGGUCGAAGGCGACGACUAUCUCAUGCAGCCCUCGCGCUCCUCCUCGAACGUGGACGCCCCAUCACGCGGCGUUCCCUAGUCACUUCCUCCCCAUUGUAUCAGCCAACGGACACAGCCGAACAGCUCGGGUAUGAAGUCUGCAUUUUUGUGCGCGUGCCAGACAGUGGGAACGGGCAGUACCGUCGUCCACCAAGUGCCAACACCAAUGCAGACUCAUGGCGCAAAGGACACGUACGAGGCUCAUCAGAUUCUGACAAAGGCGUAGGUGGAAGCGGAGGCGCAGGAUUAACUGCAUCUGGGAGCGGCGGUCCCCGUAAUGGACGCAUCCGCUACCGAGAGCAGGGUGUCGACGAGCUGUUGCAGCUGAAGCUGCAUCAGGCGAUUGCGGAUGCAGACGUGCCGCGCCCGGGUGCGACGAUAGUGCUUGCAACGGGUGAUGGGAACGUGGGGCAGUUCAGCGACGAGGGCUUCCUUGGUCCUGUGCGAAUUGCGCUGAAGAAGGGGUGGCGCGUGGAGCUAUAUGCAUGGGAGGAAGGUUUGAGCCGUGCGUGGAAGAAAGAGUUCGGGGAGGGCACGCCGUGGAAGGAUAAGUUUCGGAUUAUCAAGAUGGAAGACUUCGGGGAGGACUUAUUGGAAGUUGAAUAGGCAAGGAGCGGUGCCGUCAAUAUUUUGUUGGGAUGUAUGUUCUUUUAUUGUUGUGCAUGUUGAGGGUGCUAUUUUAUGCGGGAGUGGCCUUUAUGCUGGCCCGGCGAUAGGUUUCUUUUUUUAUCUUGGUCUGUACCAGCAUCACAAAUUUGCAUCUCAAGCAGCUAGGAAUUACUGUCAUCAAAGGUUAUGUAGAACGUGAGCUAUAUUAUCGUAUAUGUAGUGUCCACCAUGAAUAUUACAAUGUAGCUCUCUAGAAAUUCUGGCCUGUCCGAUAUUAUUCCC